AUGUGUGAUUCACCAUGGAGCACUACCGCGAUAGCUGAUAUGGAAAGUCAGCAAGUUGCUGGAAACGAAAAACCCACUUUUGCACACUCUGACAUUUUCAAAGCAAAAUCAAUCAAUCUAAUGAAAAAUCAUGCGGAUGUGAAGGUUAUGUCGCAACUUGAUCCAGAAGAGGAUGAUACUGGAAAUGUCGAGUACAAAUUUCAAAUUCUACCUACGUCUAAGGAUCGGUUCGACCGGCUCGUGACGCAACUGAAUUGGCGUCUUACAGAGGGUGGCGGCACAUGUGUUUACGAACUAGGUGUGCUUGACAAUGGAACUUUGGCAGGUAUACCCUUAGAAGAUAUGCGGAAGAGUCUAUCCAACUUGUGUGCCAUGGCUCAAUUAUUGGGAGCCGAGGCUGAAAUUCGUCGACUAAUGAUCAUUGGUACUGAUCACAAAAAUGACUCCUUUUUAUACGUGCUUUCGGAGAAUGAUGAAGCAUUCAAAGUCCUCGAUCUAGAUGAGGGGUUACCGGAUACACAAUCCACAACUGGCAUCACGAUUCCCAAUGAUUCAUUGAAAAUUCGUCUCGAUUCUCUUCUUAAUGAUGGUUUGUUUCGACUGCAGCCGAAUGCUCAUAAUCUACACUGUGGUGAUACCUCAGCGAAUGAAAAUGAAAGAUCUUCGGAAAAUCUAUACGCUCAAUCAUCUGCCUACAAUGCGCAAUCAGUACAAACGCCGUUGUCUGGAUCCAAGUCUAAGACUCCAGCGCAACAGAAUAAACUGCAUCGACGACGUGUUUUACGACUUGGUCGCUUUGAAGCUGCCAUUAUGACGGGUGCUGGUAAAAAUCUUUCUGAACCUUCAAUAUCGAAUGUAUCAUGCAGUCGAGUUUCAGUACCGCCACGUGUCCCCACUGAGGAACAGCUUCUUGCCGAAGUCGUGAUUCAGUUGCCAAAUGAGUUUUUCAUAGACUACACUUCAUUGUAA